UGUAACAACUAGGUUAUGUUCAAAAAAUUUCAAACUAAAAAUGUAACAAUUUUUCACGAUUUAUGAGCCCCAAAACUACAAGAUGAGUAAAGACAAGACAUUUCAAGAACGCCUAAAGAACAUCUUUAAGAAAAAACCCGAUUUAGUCAAUGUACCCCCAAACCGCGAAUUUAUCUUAACCGAUGAGAUCCUCCGCGACCUUGGCAAGGACGCCCCAACCAACACCCGAGUCAAAGCAAUGAAAGAACUAACCCCACAUUUGGCCAAACUGGAACCUAAUGGGGUUGAGAAGUUGUGGAGUUGCAUCCAAGACAUGUUCCUGCGCGAGUACCCUAACGACGUGCGCCACGCCACUUUUACCUUCCUUCAAAGUGUGAUCCGCAGCCAGUUUGACAGGAUUGAUGUGAUGAGGGCGCAAUUUUUUCGCUUUAUCAAACACCACGAUAACCCCCAGGAUGUGGCCUCCAGAGUGGACCUCUUAGCCGCUUUGACAAACGAUGGGAAGGAAGUAGAGCACUUUGAGGAGGAAAUCGGGCCGUUUUUGCUCAACUGGAUCACAGAUGUCACUCGCGUGGGGAAAUUACACGAAUUUUUGAAAAUUCUAGACAACGUGAUUAAAUUUAAUUCGCCACAUUUGGACGAAUACACAAUGACUGGUUACGUCAAACACAUUUGCGUCUUGUGCUGCAACACGAAUCAAUUCCCGAUUGUUAUUCUAUGUUUACAAAUACUGGGGACUGUCGUGGCGUACAGUAUUUUGCCCCCAGAGUCAUUAUCACAGUUUGUGGGUACUCUGUGUCGGACAGUAAACAUCAAAUGUUACUGUCCCGCCAGUUGGAAGACCAUGAAAAACCUACUAGGGACCCAUUUGGGGCACUCAACUCUAUUCACAAUGUGCCGUUUUUUGCAAGAACCGAAUUUAAAACACGACGCGGGGCUCAUGAGGGGCUGUGUCUUCUACAUACACAUGGCAUUGUGGGACAUUAACUCGAUGCAAAAUCUUUGUUGCCCCCCUAGUUCCGUCUUGCCAUCGGUUUUACAAGCGGUUCGAUGUAACCACCCGUCAGUGGCGUACGAGGUUAUUUUAGGGAUUCAAAAAUUGAUAAAUAAACAAGGAUUGGAUUUAUUGGAGCCCACAUGGGAUAUAAUUCUUGAAAUUAUUUUACAUAUAGUUAAACAAGUCGAAUUGGCCCCAAAUGAAGUUCCUAAUAAUUCAACAGCUACGACAUUGCAUGAAAUUUUGAACACAAUUGAGAAUUUGAUCGAAGUUGGGAGUUACAAAGGGUCAAUGAAUCAAUUUUUUGCUGUCAUUCAUGAAUGUUCAAGUGAUCGACCGGAAACGAGCGUUUUAAAAUUAAUUAAAUAUCAAUCUAAAAGUAUCAGACCGACCGAAAGUGCCUGGUUACAAAAUUUAUUCAAUUUGCUUAGUAAUUAUUUCAAGCCGGAAGUUAGAACUAACAUCCGGUUGAAAGUUUUGAACGUGCUUGAGGACACGAUACGACUUUACGGACUCUAUGAAGACGAACUUAUCAACCAUAUUGUCAUACCACAUAUGCAAAAUAUCGCUCAAGAUGACAAUGUUGUGGUCAGGUCUGAAGUAGCGAAGCUUUUAGUCGACUUAUGCAAAAAUUACACUAGCAACAUUUGCACCGAACUACUAGAAAUCCUCGAAAAGCUACUACAACGCCCACCGAAUCUAAACAACGAAAGCGAUUUUUUGGACAUUGGUGUUUUAGUCCCCGGAUUGGUCCAAGUUUUCGCGCGGAAAAUCCAUAAACUACCAUCAACCCACGCCGUCUUGAUUUACAAAAUUUUCGUUAAUUUCCUCGAACGGAACUUACUUAAACCGGCAUUUAAGGAAUUUAAUCAAAGUCGGCUCCUGAUUUUUGAUUGUUUGUUGAGUAUGCGGGCCGAUAACUAUUGUCGCGUGGGGUUCCCCGACCCAGAAACGAAACAAAUGAAAUAUAGUCCGUAUCUGUGUGUUAGUUACAAACCCAUGGAACCGAUUGUAACAUCACCGCCUACUACGUCUCCAAGCCAAACACCGAUUUGUAAAGUGACGUAUCUGGCGAUCGAGAGUGCCUUUAAAUUGUUUUUGAAUUAUUUGGAGAAUGAGAAAGAUUGGGAAGUUUUGAAACUCGUUAUGGAAAAAUUGCCAAAAAUGUUGGGCAAUAAAGCUAUAAUUUUAACGAAAAAUGGAAAUCCGGAUCUGAACAACCUUGUUGAAGUCUUGUGUUCCAUGUUGCAACACAGAUCACUAAAUUUAAGUGAAGUGAAAGUGACUCGUUUGGAGUUUCAAACCGCUGUGGUGUCAGUCAUGGUGGCGCUGUCGUCGUAUGGGAAUAACCUAGACCAGUACCACCAACAGUUACUAAUAAAUACCCUAACCCGGAGCACCGGAACCGACCCACGUUGUUCCCGUCAAUCAAUAAACUCCCUAACAAUUUGUAUGGUCGACAUGCGAGAAACAAUGAUGAAAUUACUACCCGAUGUUCUCCUUCGACUGUCAAAAAUUUCCGCUACCAAAUAUAUCGCAAUGCCAGUAUUGGAAUUUCUAUCAACCCUAUCGCAGUUACCCAACGUCUAUGCGAAUUUCGUUGGUGACCAAUACAUGGCCGUCUUUGCUAUAGCCCUUCCAUACACCAACCCUUUCAAAUAUGACAAUUAUAUAGUGUCAUUGGCUUAUCACGUGAUCUCAGUUUGGUUCCUAAAAUGUCGUUUACCGUUUAGACGCGACUUUGUCAAAUUUAUAGUGAGCGGUUUGCAAACUAACGUUAUGGUCCCCUUUCAAGAGUUGAGUCAGUUUAAACUGAGCUUGAGUAGUAUGAAUCAGGACAGUUCCGACCGUAAACGCAGUUCCAGUCUCACCGAGCAGGGCUCCCGACGUCGUGUCAAGCCCGACCCUAGCAAAAAGAGCCCCUUUAUACAGAAAACCCCCCGCGAUAAGACCGUUUUAACGUUUUACGAGGAGUUAAAUGAGACUUGUAUCGAUUUGAUGGCUCGUUACACUUAUUCACCGUGCAGUGCUCUACCCUCGAGACUCCCAACCGCCGAGUUUUUACUCAAUGGGGGCAUCUCCAAGUCGUGGAUGUUGGGGAAUAAACUAAUAACGAUCACGACGAGUGGUUGUACCGAACGAGUAUUGAAACAUGGCGUUUGCGAUAAGUGUUGGUCGUUGUGCAGUUCGCAUAAUAAUAGCAAAAUAGCGAGGUAUGCGAGAAGUAAUAGCGGGAAUGAGGAGAAAGAGUCGUUUUUGCCAAGGCAGGGCUCGACGGAUAAGGGGGAGGAGGCGAAGAGGUACGAUUCGGCCAAUUUGCCCAAGUUGAUUGGGGGAGACGAGAGAAAGGAGGCGCCAGUGUGUGCGUGCUGGUGUCAAGGGUGGGCCGAGGUGCUGAUCAGGAGGCCAACAGGCAACGUGUCUUGGGUCAUGAAGGUGCAAAACCAGGUGUCCUUCAAGCAGCAUAUUUUCGAGUUUCCCCUCAACGAAAUGUCGACUUUGUACAUGCCUGACCUGUUCUUCGAACCGAGUUCAGCCAUUUCGAUCGAAGAACAAGAAGAAACGGAAGAUUUUGAAGAAGUUGCACCAUCUUCAAGCAGUCGUCCGGUCAGCGUUCCAGGCUCACCCACCAAACAGUCUCUAUCUAGGCAAAGUUCGCGCGACAGCGCCGACGACGAACUAGAAUUCGUUUACGAUGACGGAACGAAAUCGCGAAAUCCGGUGCGUCGUUCGAAUUCUAGUCCGGAAAUGGCGAACUGGAAGAAUCCAUUCGUCCAUCAAAAAAUCGAAAACGAAUCGGAAAUUCCCAAAAAGGACGUCAGAGUGAGCUGUGAGGCGAUCCCGGAGGAGAUUCUCGGAAUGGGAACAAGUCCACCGACUGGAGAGCCCCCGAAACCGCAAGAACAGCCCCAACACCCUUCCCUUCUCACUUGUUACAGUUAUCCGGGGUCGUCGCCCCCCGGUGAAAGUGGUAUAGCCCCCAAACCGUACAAGACAGUCCCGGCGUCCCCGAAUCAGAUCAAUUCCCAGUCACAACCGACUUUCCCACAGGAUUCUAACGUCCUUGAUCGUCCUAAUAAUCUACCAAAUUUGGCCAGUUUAACUCCUUUGACUACUAAACCGCCCCAAAGCCCCACUCAGACCUCGCCAAGACUGCAGAGACACUCAGAGAGAGAAAAAGAGGGAACCUCGAUUCAAAAAAGCUCGUCUUCGUCCAAGAUCGAGAAAAAUCGGGCAAAAACCGUAGACGCGAGUUUAGCAGAAAAGCGCGAUCGGUUGCAUACGAUUUCGGUCAUGAGCACAUCGACCCGAAAGCCGACGCCACCGAAAAAAGUCCCGAAGGAAAUACUCAAAAGUGGGUUAAACCCAAGUUUUGUGUUUCUCCAAUUGUACCACACUGCAUGUUUUGGGAGUACCACCGAGGUGCCACUUUACGUCCCCUCGUGUACUGUUAUCGACCGAGCGAUCGGUAUUUUAGACCGGAUGUACCCAUACGAGGUGCACAAAAUCGGGGUUUUGUACAUUAAUGAAGGUCAAGUCGAUAAGGAAGCUGAAAUUUUGCGAAAUACCUGUGGGUGUGUCCGUUAUAUGGAGUUUUUGCAGAAUUUGGGGACUUUGAUACGAUUGGCUGAUGUCAAUCCACGUGAUAUUUAUCUAGGGGGCGUGGAUCAGGGCGGAGCCGAUGGGAAAUACAUGUAUACGCAUCAGGACGAUUUGGUUAUGUUGGCGUUUCAUGUGGCCACUUUGAUGCCAAAUAAAGACAGUGACCCAAAUGGGAAUUACAAAAAGGCUCAUGUGGGAAAUGAUAACGUUGUCAUUGUGUAUAAUAACAGUGGACAAGAGUUUGACAUUAGUACGUUUAGGAGUCAGGUGACUCUGGCUUACAUCAUCGUUGAACCACUCGACUAUCAGUGCAAUAAAGUCGAGGUUAAGGUCAAGUCAGACUUGUUGAAAAUUAUUGGAUCAAACGAAGUUAUAGUUGUUUCGGAUCAAAGUGUGUCAAUUCUAGUGAGACAACUUGCCAUACAUGCCGAUUUGGCAGCGACUGUUCUCAACUCGUUACGAAGUCACGCGACUGAUCCCUACGCUUCUAAUUGGUUGGAAAGACUGAGAAAAUUGAAAAAUCUAAAAGAGAAAGUUAUACAGGAAAACAAUAAGAGGAAGGAGGCACAAAAAGGCUUCAGCGAGGAGAAAGAUAUCGUCGAAGACUUUACCGACUUUACAUAAUAUUUUUUGUUGCAUUUCUAUUACUAAUACCCAAUAUAUUAUUAAUUGUA